AUGAUCGAAUUUGAUAAUAUAGAUUUUAAAGUGCGUGUAUUAUGCGUAUUACGUACGCACCCUGAAGUUGACAGGGAGGAAGAAGAUGAUGUUUUUGAUGAGGACAAAAUGGAACAAACUGGAGAUGUUUUACAUGAAGUUGUUAUUAUGUUAUCACAAAUAAAAUUUAGUUAG